GUUUUCAGCAUACAAACAAAUCGCGUCAUCGUACGAUUUACAUUAAAAUAGAUAUUGUUUUGUGAUAAGAUUACACAAUAAAAUGGACGACGGCGAGAUGUGCUCCUAUGAAGAGGCUCUGGAGUUUCUGCUGAUCAAUUACCCUGAACUCACCAUACAAAUUGAUUAUGCUCUUGACCACAAGUCCACUCCAGUUUCAAUACACGAUGCAAAACUGAUGGUGAAGGAAGCCAAGGAUCUGAUGCUUGAUGAUGGACUUGAUGUAAUGGAAUGUUUCAUUAUACAUAGAUUGCAUGACAAAAUCAUGAGUGGUUUAUAUUCCAUCUACAAUGUAGAAGAUGCAAAGGUGUUUGAAAUUUGCAAGGCUUUUAAUCGGAGGGAUCUCAGUUUGGAGUUGCCAAGGGCUUGCAAACAUUUGGACAUCCCAGUACCAGCAUCAAUUGUUGAAUUGGCUAGCUUAGAUGGAAGAAGAACACCUCAAGAGAAAAUGCAAUGUUUAUGCUCAUGCUAUGAUCUGAUCUACGCCGAGCUUAAGAUGGCCCUCAUCGAAACCUUUGAGGAUGACGCUCAUUGGAUCCCUUGUCUCAACAACGUCGAUGUGGUGCCUGUGAUCAUCAAGGUGAUAAUAGCGGCGAAACCGAAGCAUCUCUACAGCAAUCUAGUCUUCAUACAAGGAUUCCUCCUUGGUCACCAAUCCACCACAGCAGAAUUCAUACUGCAACAGUUUGAGCUUGCCUACAAUCAUCUCAAGUGCUACACUUUGGGAAAACAGGGCGCUGCUAUGGUUACCAAUGAGUUGGAUCAAAGGCAGUUCCAUGAAAUGGUCACAAACACAGCAGAGAUGAACUCCAACACUGUCAAUGGUUUCAAAAUGAGGCGAAUUGCAGAGCUGAUCAAUCAAUCACACAAGCAGGGGGACCAAAUCAUAUGAGAAACUGCACGCACUGCAGUGGCGUACAUAGGCAGCGUACAUCCUUAGUACAUAGGCAGCACCAAGCGCGGCGCCACAUAUACCAGCAAAUAUUGGCCCUAAAUAAUUUGAAAUUUUAAACAAUAACUAACUUUUGCAUAAAUGUUGCCUAUAUUUACUUUAUCCUUUCAAAUAACUUUUAUUGAUGCAAAUAAGUUUAAUUAUUAUUAUUAAACAUAUUAGUCUCUUUUAAGUCUUGUAUUAAUAGUGAUUAGUUUAUUAAUAAGUGAGUAUUGUUAAAUUAGUAGGAUAACAGUGCAUAUUAAGGUUAUGUUGCUUUGUUUUGGUGUAAGGUUCCAUCUGCACGACUAAAAGCGAGUCAGUUCUCCAAUCUUUGAUUUUAAUUUAUGAGAGUGGGGGCAAGCGCAGCGCUAUAGUUUUGUUUACUUUCGAGAACGGCGAUGACUAUUUUCGACGCCAUUGUUUCUGAAACGUUGGUGAUCUGUGGUACAGUGUUCAAUUUUUGAAAUUAUCCUAGUUUGAAAAACGAUAUCUCAAUCUGAUAAAUCAUUUAGCAGUUAUCCCAGUUUGAUUCGCGAUAUCUCAAUGUAAUAAAUGCAUAACCUAUAUUUAUUAUCAUUUAUUUUUCUGUACAACAAUAAAUUACAUUUCUUUUUGGUUUGCCUGUAUUGAUUUUGGUUUUAUUUUAGAAAUACAUCUCAAUAAUUUAUAGACGUAUUUAUUUCCUUAUCCACUCUAGUGCCCUAGGUCUGAGAAAAUGUUAGGUUAGGUGAAGUUGCCCUAAGGU